CUGUUUAUAUAAACAUUCUAUAUGAACUUUGAAAAUAAAGAAAAAGAUGCUUUACAGUUUUCAGUGUUGCUUUUCAGCAAUGCAAACCAUGACAUGAAGAGAUGCUUCCCCUUGCCAUGCUGUUUUCAAAUAAAUUAAGCAUUAAGGUGAAGUUAAGGAUAAAAAGGACCAAGACAAAAAACUACCUCUUAGCCUAGUCCAGCUCCGAGUAGAAUCAGAUUCCAAAAUGAAGGGAGACAUAGUAUCUUACUUGUUUUAGACAACACAAAAAUUAUAAAUACAAGUUGAUCCAUUACCAAGAACAUUCAUAUUCUCUGACCCCCACAAAUUUCCUUUUUCCUAUGCCUUUUGGCUUUUUUCCAAAAGUAGAACCAAUCCUGGGUGCCGCCACUUCCAACCCCAUGUCCGAACAGUACUGUUGCAUGAUCAUGAGAAUCAAUGUUGAUUGCAAUGCUUGCUGCAGAAGAUUAAGGAGAAUCCUUCUAAGGAUGAAAGUAAUAGAGACUCAUUUGAUAGAGAAGCAGCAGCGCAGGGUAUGUGUCUGUGGCAGAUUUGUACCAGCAGAUGUUGCAAUCAAGAUACAGAAGAAAUUGAAUCGUAGAGUUGAGAUUCUUGAAGUACAGUUCGAAGGCGAAGAAGAUCAUAAUGAACCACCAUAGAAAGUAACCCAGGAGAGUUCAGAGAAACCUUAAAAUGACCCAGAGAUGCCUACGGCAUAGUGUACAUAAUAGGCUACUUUGUAGCAGUUGUUUGUGGUUACUUUCAAAAGUACUAUAUGGAAAUUGUUGGGAAGAAGAAAAUGGUAGACGAUCUACGCAGAAAAAUAAUAAUACACGUUACAUGUAGAAUUCUUAGAAGGACUUAAUGUAUGUACUUUACAUGAAUUGUUUGUCACAUCAGAAAGUAAACUUGAUAAA